AGCCAGGUCCAGCCAUGGAGGGCAGCGCUGACACGGAGGAGCCCCUGCUGCUGCCUCUGGCACUGAGCAGGUUUCAAAUCUCCGAGGAGUUUGGCUUCCUGCUUCCCGAUCCUCUGACAGAGCUGCCAGCACCCUACAGCCCCUGGAUGGACAUUGCCCGUGAGCUGCCCCAGCUGAUCACCAGCCAUCAGCUCCGCUCACGUGUGCACCAGAUGCCGCAGCUGAGCCCCCAGCAGCUCCGAGGACGUGAGGAGCUGCACUUGGCACACCUGGUGCUCAGCUUCAUCACCAUGGGCUACGUCUGGCAGGAGGGCGAGGAGGGCACCGUGCAGGUCCUGCCUCGAAACCUCGCUGUCCCCUUCUGGGAGGUCUCCCAGGCCCUGGGCCUCCCACCCAUCCUCAGCCAUGCAGACUUUGUGUUGGCCAACUGGAGGAGGAAGGACCCCAACGGGCCUCUGGAAAUUGAGAACCUGGACACGAUCAUCACACUGCCUGGGGGAGAGAGCCUGCGGGGCUUCAUCCUUGUCACCCUGCUUGUUGAGAAGGCAGCUGUGCCUGGCAUUAAGGCAAUCACCCAGGCCCUUGGUGCCACCCUGCAGGGGGAUGAGGAGUCCCUGCACAGAGCCCUGGAGGAGCUGGCAGGGGCCAUCGAGGCCAUGAGGGAGGCACUGAGGAGGAUGCACGACUAUGUGGAUCCAGAAGUGUUCUACUCUGUGAUCCGGAUCUUUCUCUCUGGCUGGAAGGACAACCCAGCCAUGGCCCAGGGGCUGAUCUACGAGGGGGUGUCCCCGGAGCCCCUGGCCUUCUCGGGGGGCAGCGCGGCGCAGAGCACGGUCCUGCACGCCUUCGAUGAGCUCCUGGGCAUCUGCCACCACCAGGACUGCGCCGCCUUCCUGCGCAGGAUGAGGCAGUACAUGCCCCCGGCACACCGAGCCUUCGUGGAGCAGAUCCGCGGCGCGGUGUCCCCGCGGCACCUGGCGCUCUCCUCGGGGGACGCGCGGCUCCGCGCCGCCUUCAACCGCUGCGUGUCGGCGCUGGCAGAGUUCAGGUCCUACCACAUCACCAUGGUCACCAAGUACAUCGCCGUGGCGGCCGCCAAAGCCAAGGCCAGGCGGGCAGAGCCGAGCGGCAGGGCCGGCCCCGCUGCGGGAAAGCCGCCGUCGGCCCUGGAGGAUAAAGGAACCGGCGGGUCGCACAUCUUCAGCUUCCUGAAGAGCAUCAGGGACACCACCAGGGAGGGGAUCAUAAGUGCCUGACUGUGGCGGGGUUUGUGGGUGUGAUGAGAAUCUUCACUCCAUGUUUUCAUGGUAUAUAUUAUAUUCAAAAUGCUGUACUAAAACUAUACUGAAGAAAGAGAAAGGAGACAUCAGAAGGCUAGCAAAGAAUGAUAAUAAAAUCUCGUGACAUACUCAGAGCCUUGACAUAGCUGGACCAUGAUUGAUCAUCAAGCAAAAACAAUCUACAUGAGUCCAAUCAAAGAUGCACCUGUUGGAAAAUCAUCUCUAGACCACAUUCCACAGCCAUCAGAUAGUUCUUGUUUACAUUUCAUUUCUGAGGCCUCCCAGCUUCUCAGCAGAAAAUCCUAGAGAAAGGUAUUUUUCAGAAAACAUGUCAGUGACACCUGACCCACCCUGAGGGCUGUCCAAAGUGGGCUCAGGAGGCCAAGGGGCUCCAUCUGCAACAAGCCAAGAUGCAAAACCUGCCAUCAGCAGCACCUUCCCACCUGUGCAGGUCUGGGACACGAGGGACAUGCUUGGGGCUGGUGACAAAGAGCAGUGCUGCUGCUGUGAGCUCAGCAUCCUCCCCUGUUGGAAUUCAGGACAUCCCUCUGGCUGUCUCCUGCCAGGGGGCUCAGAGAUCCUGGCACAGAGCCCAAGACCCCCGUGGUUUUGAUUAUGACCCAUGAAGAAAAUUACCAACCUUAUAUGAAGAUCUGCAAGCCAUGACAGUUUGAGUAGAAUGACAGUGAAUUUAUCACAGGGUGAAAAAUAGAUUUUUGGGGUUUUUAGAAUGGGGGUUCAGAUGGAGGAGUCUGGGUGUGUCCAGCCUUUCUCCUUCUUCUUCUUCUUGGCCUCCACCUUCUGCUGUGAUGGUGGCACUUUUGGAUGGGUUUAGAGUAGAAGCUCACUAACAGAGGUGAUGGGGAUUGGGAAGUAAUUGUAAAUAUUGUACACGUAAUUUUAGUAUAAAUAGAUAACACCACCCCAGGGCAGGCAGUGCCUCUGUCUGUCCUGCUGAGCAACCUCGGCUGGACAGUAGAAAAAAAAUUAUAGAUAAGGAACAAUAAACAACCUUGAGACCGAGAA